GCGUAGUGCGUGUAGCGUGUGCCAUGGAUGAGGGGCAAGAGGACGGACGAAAAAAAGUGAGAGAGCGACGAAAAACACGUGCGAGUGGAAAAUCAAAAACGCGUACUACAGUCGCGGCGUCAUCAACCGGCGUUGCGCGUGCGUCCGUCCAUGUAGGUACCUAUAACAACUUGUACUAGUACCAGAGACAGCGCCACAGCGGCAACCGCCGAGUCUACAAAACGUACCAUCGUAUAUAGCUUACAACAACAAUAUCAACAACAACAAUAACAAAAAUCGUAAUAAUAUUAAUAAUAUUAUAAUCGUGUGUUCUUCGUCGGGCAUUCACACCCGCCGCUUGCCACCACCACCGAAGCAAUAGUACGCGUAGUCGGACCAAUGAGAACGGUCGGCAUCGUCUCCCCGCCACAUCAGGUUUCCCGCGGCCGGGACCCUUCGGCGGCAAUAUUUAACCAACACUCGCACGAGCCAGGACAAUCAUUCGGCAUUCCGCCGUCGAGACUCCAGCCGCGUGGAUGCACAUUGCACACUGUCAUCAGUUACUUUCAGCGGAUCGAAUGCAGUCAAGUUAUUGACGGACAACUAUGAUAUACGCAGACUUUGGACAGCCAGCGAUGGAAGAGGAAGGGCAACCGCGGGGUUUUCAGAUACGCGGACACCUGGUGCACGGCAUACCGCGAGUCGGCGACUCGAACUACGACCCGGCGUGUCCCACAUGCAACCCGGGCUCGAUCAACGACACCGUCACACCGACCGCGGUCGUGGUAUCUUCGCCGCCGGCGAUCGUGACCACCGCGGUGGCGGUCCCGGGCCCAAUCCCGGCGACAAACGACUACAAUUAUAACGGACCGCUGCAACAUGAAAUCGGCCCAAUGGCCGCUUUACGGCAAAACGGGGGAAUGUUAACACGUACUGAUGAUACUUACUCUUUUAGUGGAUUUAUCACCGGUAUUGCUGUUGUGUUCGUAUCAGGUGAAAUGGCCGGAAUCGGAAUGCUCGCCGCUCCAUGGGCAGUAGUUAACCUAGGAUGGCUUGGAUUUGUUUUAUUGAUAACUUUUGGAAUUGCAACAGCUUACAGUGCUUGUUGUCUUGGUACCUGUUGGCUAAUUCUCGAGGAGAGAUACGCCCAGUAUCGUAUCUACCCGAUACCAGAUCCAUAUCCAACAAUUGCAAUGCACGCUGUGGGAAGACGGACUAGCGUCGUUUUUAGCUAUGCCACAAGAGCAUGCAUCAGUAUUACACUGUUCGGGUCCGCAACCGUAUAUUUAAUGUUGAUAGCCCAGACAGCCCAGAAAUUGUUUUUGGGCUCACAUCCGGAAGUGGAAUUUUCCACUUGGCUAUUUGUCUUUUCAGUGUCCUUGAGUUCACUGAUGUUUUUGGAAUCCCCUAAAGAUUAUUAUAUUGUGGCCACCGGUGCGUUUCUCACGACAAUGACAUCCUCUUACUUCAUCAUAAUGCAAAUGCUCCUGGAUGAACGUAUACAAGAAGGCUCAGCGACCGACACACAAAAAAGUGUGCCAGCUAACCAAUUUUUCUUGUCCUUUGGAACAAUACUUUUCGCUUACGGUGGAGCGGCAUCAUUCCCAGUGAUAAACUUUCAGAUGUUCAAACGCGACGAGUUUUCGCACAGCGUGGUGGCCUCAUUUAUCCUUUUGACUAUUCUGUUCAGUUCAGUUGUUGUUGGAGGAUACAUCAUAUAUGGUCAUACAAUUAAUCCAAACAUCAUCAUGUCCCUCAGUGACUCGUGGGUAUCGUACGCAGCGGUUAUUUUGAUGGCGGGGCAUUUAGUUUUAGGAUUCGUCAUCAUGGCUAAACCAGUGACUGAACAAGCGGAAUCGUUCCUUAGCUCAACAAACGGGUUUAGUGUUCAACGGUUCUUCGUCCGCAUAUGCGUUUUACUUGCCAUGAUAUUUGUGGGCGAGUGCAUGCCCAACUUCAUUAGCUUAGUUGCUCUGAUCGGAUGUUCAACUGUUAUACUUGCCACCUUUGUACUGCCGUCGGUAUUCUACUUAAGGUUGUGUGCACAGCAAAGCGCUACUUGGCCUGACAGGAGCCUGCCGUGGAAAUCCAAAUUAUACAUGUAUACAAUUAUCAUUCUUGGACUUUCCAGUGGUUUAGGAGCUAUGUUUACAGCUCUUUCUGAAUUAUUCGACCUGCGAUCUCUCAUUCCUCAUUAUUAUUACUAUUAUUUCUAUGAUUUAGACUAUCCUAGUCUUAGCUAAUUUAUGUGCACUGCACACAAUCAGACUGGUUUAGGAUGUACGGGCUGUUGUUUCACCACGUGCAAACACAGCUCAAAAACAUCCGUCAACUUUAAAGACUAAUAAAAUAUCCUCCAAAAGCGGCUGCAGCUGUAGCCCAAAGCAUUCUUUAGUGGCCGAUCACCACAGUGAUUAGUGCAACUCUUGCUAUCACUGCUAUAACUUUUCGUCGUCCGGUGGCAGCCAUUAAACUUUCACAAACGGCAUCCUAGCAGUUGCAUUUGACAGCGGUCACCAUAAUAAUAUUAAGUUUCCAUGGAUGACUCAUAAAUUGAUUUUGUACAUUGGUGCCAUAUAUCACGCCCUUAUCGAUAAAAAAUUAUGUUCUAAUUGUAUAGAACAAGCGUAUUUUUCCGUUUUUGCUCAUUGUGGCAGUUUGUGCGAUUUCCUUUGUUUCAAAUAACAAUAAUAAUUAAUAAGUAAUAACUAAUGCUCAAAUGCCUAAUGUUGAUUCUGAGAAGAUAAACAUGGGAACUUGUAAAUAUAAAUAUACUAUAUAUUAUAUUAUUAAGUAUACAAUAAUUGUGGAUAUUAUAUUAUAUUAUAUUAUAAUACCUAUAGC